GUUCUUCACAGAGAGAAAGAUUGAAAGGAUUGAUUUUGAAUCAAAGAUUUAGGAAUGGCUUAUCUCUGUUGGUUAACCAUUUUAAUUUUUUUCUUGGUGGUCUAUAUUCUUGCAAAUGAUGGCAUCAAAUACUCCUCUACACUGCCGGUGAUUUCAUGGUGGGAUCAGAUUCAGAUGGACCUAGGUUUCGUAGGAUAUGAAUAUCCAAUGAGGCUUGGCUUGUCUUCAGAGAUUUUUUGUUCCGUUAUCACUGAAUUGGAUUCUCAUGGGUUUAAAGUUCAUGGCAAAGUAUCAGAAACCCAAGUUGUGUUCCGGGUAGUGAAUAACAAGACUGUCUUCAAAAGAAAGCCUGGUUAUUCACUUCGUACUAUCCUAAGAUGUCAUGGUAAAAAGUAACUUAUACUCUUUUCUUUUUAUGGUCUCUAGCAUCGAUUUCUCAGAGGGCACGCUUUAGUUUAGCAUAUGAUGGGAUAAUUGUUGGUUGUUGUAUAUGAUAAUUUGAUUAAUAGGGGAAGAUUUGAAAGUGUAGUUUCUAUAUGUGAAAUUUCUGUCAAGUUUCCUUAAGGAAAGUGCUUGUGGUACUAUAGAUAUUUGUUUCUAACCCAUGCUCCAGAUUUGGUUUCUUUUUUCUUUCUGGUUCUUAAAUAGAGGUAUGAUUCAUUGGAUUGGAGAAGCUACAAGAGCUUAACUUGUCUUCCAACCUGUUGGAGUGUGUCUGACACCAUUGGACUGCUGCAAAAUAAGGUUGUAGGUGUCUUUGGCAACAAGCUUGCUGCUCUUCUUGACUCUUAUUUGGCAACAAGAUCCUCUAGUUUUGUCUUCUUAUGGUUUAUUUAGGAGACUUCAAUCUUGUUCUUUUCUUUUGCAAUUGUAUAUGGAGAAGUUUAGGCCAUAUGUCCCCUUCUCCCUACUCUUUGUACUGUUUUUAUCAAUAAUAUUA